AUGGAGGCCCGGUCAGCCCCGGACUUCUCUAAGCUCCAAGAGCUGCUGGCGUCGCCGUGUCUGGACCCUAAGCCGUCCCAGGCGCCCCCUCUUCAGCAGACACCAAGGACCCCAGGAUGCCCCAGACCCAAUGGCAGGACUACACAGGUGCUGCCCACACUGUCCCUUGUCCCCAGGUCCUUCUGGCCUGCACGCCAGGACUCCGUGUCUGCCCUGCGUCUUCUCCAAGAAACAGCAGAGGAGCUGGUCCAGCGCCCUGCCCAGGACACCCAAACCCUGGGGGCUUCCCGGGAGCUGAAGCCCUUGGGGUCUCUGGGACCCUCGCCUCUAGCAAGGGAGGCCGAGAACAUGCUGACCCCAACCAACCAGCAGUGCUGCAGCUGGGGCCCCCCUGAAGCUCCCCCGGCCCCCUCAGCCCUACCCCAGAGGAGGCCCCGGAAGCAGUCAAAGCCCCACCGGGGCGCUGAGAAAGUGGAUCCCCGGUUUGAGGGGGUGACCCUGAAAUUUCAAAUAAAGCCGGAUUCCAGCCUACAGAUCCUAGCCAGCUACAGCCUGGCCUGCGGUAGCCGCUCCCAGGGUCCCUCCACAGGCCCUGCGGGGGGCCCUGAGGCCAGCUCAGGAGGCAGCGAGGCCCUGGGGCCCCGGUGCUGUGCCUCCUGUAGGACCCAGAGGACCCCUCUCUGGCGAGAUGCUGAAGACGGGACCCCGCUCUGCAAUGCGUGUGGUAUCAGGUACAAGAAAUAUGGCACCCGCUGCUCCAGUUGCUGGCUGGUCCCCAGGAAGAAUGUCCAGCCCAAGAAGUCAUGUGGCAGAUGCGGGGUGUCCCUGGGCCCCCACCAAGGCCCAGCUCAGGAAGGGGAUCCCAGGUGGAAGACCCAGGCCUCAGGCUCCAGAGCCCCAGUCUCGGGGGGCCACUGCCCCCCAUCUUGGCCCCUGAAUGUCACCUUCCUGCGUCUCGAGGCCUACCAGUCCCUGCUGGGUCCCCCGUUCCUCUUUCAGGAUCCCUUCCGCCCCACCAAAGUGUGUCCCUAG